UCUGGCUGCCUCCUCCUUGAAAAAGGCGAGCGCAGAGAGGCGCCGGCAGUCGCUUGGCGAGAGGCGCUGGGACUUCUCUCUUCCUCCUCUCUCCUCGCUCGGUGGAAGAAGGGAGGGAAGGCGACCUGAGAAGGAAGCAAGGCAGGGGCUCAGGCUCAAGGCACCACCACCAGCACCAGCAGCCCGGGCUGCCCUUCCCUGGCUCCAGCCCCUCGCAAACUUGGGAACUGUCCACUGGAGAAACCUCCUGAAAAAUGAAGCUGCUGGCUGUCGUCUACCUGCUGGGAUUCUUCCUCAGCGGAGGGCAAGCACUUCAAGUAUCAAUUUCUCUCAGCAAGGUAGAAGUCAGUGUUGGCGUAUCCAAGUUCUUCACAUGUACAGUAAUUGGUGAACCUGAGAGUAUAGAUUGGUACAAUCCACAAGGAGAGAAGAUUGUUUCUAAUCAAAGAGUGGUAGUACAAAAAGAAGGUGUCAGAUCACGGCUAACUAUUUACAAUGCUAAUAUAGAAGAUGCUGGAAUAUACAGGUGUCAAGCAACAGAUUCAAGAGGAUUAACUCAAGAAGCUACUGUUGUUUUAGAAAUUUACCAAAAGCUCACAUUCCAAGAUAUCACAUCACCACAGGAAUUUGUCCAAGGAGAAGAUGUACAAGUCAUUUGCCGUGUUACUAGCUCACCUGCACCUAUUGUCAGCUGGUUGUAUCAAAAUGAGGAAAUCUCAAAUAUUGCUGACAAUAGAUUUGCAAUGUUGCCAAACAAUAAUCUUCAGAUUCUUAAAAUCAAUAAAAGUGAUGAAGGCAUUUACAGAUGUGAAGGAAGAGUAGAAGCUAGAGGGGAAAUUGACUUUCGGGAUAUCAUUGUACUUGUAAAUGUUCCUCCAGUUAUUACAUUGCUGCAGAAAUCCUUUAAUGCUACAGCAGAUCGGGGAGAGGCAAUUACUUUAUUCUGUAGAGCCAUUGGUUCUCCUGAACCUGAAAUCAACUGGUAUAGAAAAGGGAAACAUAUUGAGGAAAAUGACAAAUAUGUAUUGAGAGGAAGUAAUACAGAACUGACAAUCAGAGAUAUAAAAAAUAUUGAUUCUGGCCCUUAUAUAUGUGAAGCAAGAAAUAAAGCAGGGAAGAUGACAAAUCAGACAUUCCUGCAAGUUUUUGUACAGCCUCAAAUAAUCCAAUUGAAAAAUGAAACCACCUUUGAAAAUGGCCAAGCUACCCUCAUAUGUGAGGCAGAAGGAGAACCAGUACCUGAAAUUACAUGGAAAAGAGCCAUUGAUGGAGUAACAUUCUCUGAAGGUGACAAGAGCCCAGAUGGUCGUAUAGAAGUCAAAGGGCAGCAUGGAAAGUCAUCACUGCAUAUUAAGGAUGUGAAGUUGUCAGAUGCUGGCAGAUAUGAUUGUGAAGCUGCAAGCAGAAUUGGUGGGCACCAGAAAAGCAUGUUCCUUGAUAUUGAAUAUGCUCCAAUUUUUGUGUCAAAUCAGACAAUAUAUUACUCUUGGGAAGGAAAUCCCAUCAAUAUUAGCUGUGAUGUUCUAUCUAAUCCAUCAGCAUCUAUUCACUGGAGACGAGGAAAAUUAGUUUUACCUGUGAGAAACACAACUCAUUUAAAGACUCACAGUGUUGGAAACAAAUUGAUAUUAGAGAUUGCUCCUGCUUCUGACAAUGAUUUUGGACGAUACAACUGCACAGCCACAAACCGAAUAGGAACACGAUAUCAAGAAUAUAUCCUUGCUUUGGCUGAUGUACCAUCCAGUCCACAUGGAGUGAAGAUUAUAGAGGUAUCGCAGACUAUUGCUAAAGUCUCUUUCAAUAAACCAGAUUCACAUGGAGGGGUUCCAAUUCAUCAUUACCAAGUUGAUGUGAAAGAAGUCAUUUCAGAAACAUGGAAAGUUGUCCUUUCCCAUGGAGUUCAAACAAUGGUGGUUCUCAGCAGUCUAGAACCAAACACAACAUAUGAAAUCAAAGUUGCUGCUGUAAAUGGAAAAGGGCAAGGAGAAUAUAGCAAAAUUGAAACAUUUCAGACCCUACCAGUUCGUGAACCAAGCCCACCAUCUAUUCAUGGUCAAGCAAGCAAUGAUAAAAGCUUUAAACUUAGCAUAACAAAACAAGAUGAUGGAGGAGCACCUAUUUUGGAAUAUAUUGUAAAAUAUAGAAGUAAAGAUAAGGAAGACCAGUGGCAAGAGAAAAGGGUCCAAGGCAAUAAAGAACACAUUAUUCUAGAGCAUUUGCAGUGGACAGUGGGCUAUGAAGUGCAAAUCACUGCUACAAACAGAUUGGGAUAUUCAGAACCAACUUUAUAUGAAUUCAUAAUGCCAGCAAAGCCCAAUAUUAUUACAGACACACUUUUCAAUGGUCUUGGACUUGGUGCAGUCAUUGGAUUGGCUGUAGCUGCUCUUCUAUUAAUCCUUGUUGUGAUUGAUGUGAGCUGCUUCUUUGUACGGCAAUGUGGAUUGCUAAUGUGCAUCACCAGAAGGAUCUGUGGAAAGAAGAGUGGCUCCAGUGGAAAGAGUAAAGAGUUGGAAGAAGGAAAGGCUGCGUAUCUGAAAGAUGGAUCAAAAGAACCAAUAGUUGAAAUGAGAACAGAGGAUGAAAGAAUUACCAACCAUGAAGAUGGAAGCCCAGUAAAUGAGCCAAAUGAAACAACCCCUUUAACAGAACCAGAGAAACUGCCACUGAAGGAAGAAAACGGAAAAGAAGUUUUAAAUUCAGAUACUAUAGAAAUCAAAGUUUCGAAUGACAUCAUCCAGUCAAAAGAAGAUGACAGCAAGGCAUAAUAUGACAACUACAGCUGUCUUGAGGGGGGGGGAGGCAUUUGGAUUAAAUAAAUCUGUGACCAAAACUUUACAUCUGACCUUAAGUUUCUAGGGCAACGUAAAUGAAAUAAUUCAUAGAAGUAGUUUAAACUGCUUCUGAUGACUGCCCCCCCCCUUUUUUUUUUAAUUUUACUCCAAUAGGUUUAGUUUAUAGUCCUGGCUGGCAUCAGUCUUAUGGUCCCAGUUUGGUAAUCAGCCAAUAUAAAUAUUGUAAUUUAUUUUAUUGAUAAAAAGAAAAUCUUUAUGUCAAGAUGCCCCCUUAGCCACAGACUGUACAUGAGACAGCUAUGCCACUUAUGAUGGAAAUUAAACCCAUGAGAGAAAGUGCCAUACACAUUUAUAUUUGUUUGUAUUUGAAAUUUUAAAAAAAUUUUGGUUGCCUUUAAAAGAAAAAUAUAUAAAUAUAUAUAAAUAUAAAUAUAUAUAUAAUAUAUCAUUCUCAGUUAGAAAUUAGAUAGGUGUGGCUGGCAAAGGCCAAUACUGACCUCAGCUGCAGCUGACCUUUGACAUAAGGAUAGACUGAACUUCCUCAUGGUGAUAAUCCUGAGCUUCACACCAAUUCUUAAAGACAAUGAAGGCUUCAUAAGUUUGAUGUACAGAUUUUAACAAAGUUGUGAACUAUUUUGAUGAAAAUAUUGAUCACAUCCUAACUAUCCACGUCCACAGAAAUUUCAGUGCUUCAGAUAUUUUGUAUUUAUGUUUGGAAGAUUGUGUGUAAGCUAAAAUUGUCAAAACUUAUUUUGUGUGAAAGCAAGAAUCCUGGAAUAUCCUGGAAUAUGACCAUAGCACUCAGUCUCAAAGGAAAUCUUGCAACAAUAAAUACAGGCUCAACUGAGUUGCCUCACUGUAUCUAUAAAACAUAACAUUGUUCAUUCUUUGCUUUCAGUCAUUUAGUACAAACAUAAAUAUCUUUGUUUCAAUAUAACAACAACAAAAACCUAUUCAGCAAAGGCUAGGAUCCAACAAACUAUUUUUUUCUUGACCCUCUCCAGUGUGAGCAUUUUUUAAUUCCUUUGGACAUUAUCCAAUUCAUAUCGCAACCGUAUUUUGGAAGCUUUUCCCUGUUUUAAAAGAUAUAUGUCACUCAAAGCAUGGAGCUAAUAUUCAAGAAACACAAUUACAAUGUUUCUUUGCAUAUGGGGAACUAGUCACAUGUAUAAGGGGAAAACACAUAUAAUAUACAAUCCAAAAUAGUGAAACAUUUUAACUAGUCUCCACUAUUCUCCCCUUGUUUUCACUUCAGAAUGACAACGUAAUUUACAGUGGAAGUAUCCCUUCAGUUCCAUAGUUGGGCAUAGGGUUAAAUCCAACAUCAUGCAUGCCUACUAAAUAAAUAAAUAGAUAUCAUACAUAACUAUUUUAUAAAUCUGACUUGGUAGACAAAAAUUAAUGCCAUUGACUACAAUGGGUCUGUCAUAGGUGAAACUAAUUUUGGGCUUAGGGUUUAAAUGUCAUCUCACUCAUAGGUACCAGACUUAUUUAUGAGGUUCAUCCUUACAGACAUUACUGAUAUUGGCUUGCCAAGAAAUUAUGAAAUUAAGAAAUUAUGAAAAGAGUGUUUCAGAUGCAGAAAUCCAGCUCUAACAAUAGUUGUGACAAUGGCAGAAGUAUUUGAAAAACUAGGACAUGAGGGUUUUCUGAAAGCCACCUAAGAGUCUUAAACUUGGUGAUUCUUCUUCAGAAAAAAAAAAAAACAACUGCUGUUUAACAACAACAUCAACAUGUUUCCUCAACAAACCAAGUAGAAUAAUUGCAAUCCACUACUACAUUUUCCCACAUCCUUACUCAUUUCCCCCCGAGACUGAAUAUUUAUUAGAAAUAUUCUUGAUGGAUUAUGACGGGCUGUAUGCUUACAGAUACAAAGCUACUCAUACGAAAAUAAUUAUUUUCUGACAAUAAUACAUUUUCUAGUGACCAUAUGAAUGGAUCAUAUAAUUUUUCAGAUGUAUAUGCAGUAUAUUCAUUCCAGACCCACCUACCCCUUGAAAACAGAGGCUCGCACAUAUUCAGGCCUCAUUGGCUUGAAUGGGGCAUGCCCCAUGUGCACGGCCCGGGCGUGUGCACCAUAGAAAAUAACCUUUUCGCAUGUAUUCAAGGGUGUGGAUAUCAGGUCCAUGAGUUUGGAAAGGAGACUGUAAUUCUAACUGAAGAUUUUAGGAUGAAUUGAAAUACCCAAAUGCCUGGCAUGCCUAGUGAGAGUGCAGAUGCCUGUGGUUGUGCAGGUAAAGAAACAGUAAUGUUAUUUGUGUAUCCUGACAUAACAAUCCAAUCCAAGAUAACCUGAUACAUGUCUUCCCCAAACUGCAUUGUGUGUUAGUUCUCACUAAAUAAAUACAGGAUUGCAGCCUCAAAACAUUAUACAUCGAUAAGAUAAAUGUGGGAACUCAAAUAACCUUUAUUUUUAUAUUACUUUCUAGAUGGAAAAUAUCCCACGUAUAUCUCUUAAAUAUGCAUGUCAUAUUUUGCUAUUGUUUUCAUAGGAAAUUUAAGAGAAAUCAUGAAAAUUUAAUCAUUUGUAAAAGGAAUCUGUUGUAAAAAUGUAUUAAUUUCAGUUCAGGUAAGAUUGUAAUUUUUUACUGUUUCUUGACAAAAAUAGAUGGAACACUAGGUGAUACUGGAAGUGUUUCCUAGCUGCUACUAUUGAGUGGUGGCCUGACAGGUGAAAGACUGCUGCCAAAAGGCCUCAGUUGAUAUCAACACAAGGAUAUGGGCAGGAGUUGUACAAGAUGACAGUAGCGCUAUGUCUCGAGAGAUUCGUCCAGCAUUCAGCACAGGUUCAUUGCAGGUCUGCAUCCCUGCUCCAUGACAGCUUAUGGUUCCCAUGUUAGUGGGACAAUGAAUCUGCUCUGGUCUGAACUUCAACAGAGCUAUCCAUGGUGCUGAACCUUUUUAGGGAAUAUGAUUUAGCACUUUAAACAACUGAAGGAUACAAAUAUUCACUUAUUUCAUCUUCACUUGCAAGGACGCUACUACAAUUUCUCAGUGCAGGAGAAAAAAAGUUUAACCCAAACAGGAAGGAUGGUGAAUGAAAUAUGGCAGUCAAGAAAGUCAACCAGUCAGCCAUGGUCCUUUUACAUGCCAUAUCUUUGAAUUUCCUCUCACCCUUCUUUUUCCUUAUCACCAGUCAAUGAUUUCUACUUGCUGAGCUUGCUCUAUCCCCUCUGUAGUCUUCUUGAGUCUACACUAGAUGUUUUCUUCAUUUUGACACACUAGUUCAGCAAACAUCGGGAUUCAGAUCAUGUGCAUGAAUGGUGCUAUAUUCUUACAAGUAACACAAAAAGUAGUAGUUCACUCUUAUUAUAGAAGAUGCUCCAAAUAUAAGGAAUAUCUGCUAAGCCUAGUGCAGAACCAACAUAAAAAAACCACUGUGUAACAUCAUGCAUUUAUGUAGGGGUUCUUCAUAGACAGAGUGAGGUCUAUUUUAUAUCUCUCUAAUUAUAUACAUAAUAAAAUAAAACUGACAUGGAUUGUUUUAACAAUAUGUAAUCAUAUAAUAAAUCCCCCAAAAUAUUUCCACGUCUGUAUCAGGGAACAGUGGUGUUUCUCAUGAUUGUGAAGUUCUGCAUUUAAGUGCUAAACAGUGAUAAAUAAAAUGUCUUUGUGCCUUUGGGUAGCAUGCCACUUUGCUUUAGUAAAGCAAACAAAAAUGAAAAUCUUCAGUUAUUUGUCUAUGGGUACCUCUUUCUGUGAAUACAGAACCUCAUACAUACUUUCUUUCUCAGAAAUAUAAAUACAUUAUAAACCACAUCAAUUAUUAAAAACCCAAGCAUAGCCAAGAAGUGCAGAAAGAGCCUUUUUUCUUAUUUGUUUUAUUUGUUGCUAAAUUACUUAUGUGUGUACAGAAUUCUGUGUUUCCAUUUCAGUCAUCAAUGAAUUUUCUAGUUAACAAGUAAUCCUUUGAACAUGAGUUUAAAAGUUUUUUUAAUAAAUAAAUAAAAGUCAGUACUAUCUUCCACAAAGUCUGAGAGAGAAACAGAAGGCACAGUGACAUAUUAAAAUCUUAUUCUCCCAAUCUUCAUGGCUAAAGUUUAUUACAGCAAUCUUCUAUGUAUGUGUGAGUGUGCGUGUGUGUGUGUGCAUAACUGAUCCCCAUAACUCUCAAUUUUUAAUUCUGUGCUCCUUAUUUCCACAAAGAAUCUGGACCAUGAUUUUAUUGUGAAAAAUAAAACCACACGUUAGUGUCUGCUUUAGUUGUAAUAAUAAUUUAUUAACCCAGACCUCUUAACCACAGCAUAUGGUUCAGUUUGUUCUGUAUGUGUGAUAAAAUCAAAUGUUUGACAUGCACACAGUUAAAACAGCUGGCUACCACAAUCAACCAGAGUCAAACUAGAAAUGAAGAGGGAGGAGAGGUAUGUGUUCCCUCUGUUUAAUCGGUUUUGUUUGCUAAACCUUAGAGAUUUAGAGAUACCUGCUUCAGAAAUUAGAAUGUAAAAUUAACUUUGUGUUUACCUUUCAACAGUGACAAAGGAGUUGUCCACAUGAACCAUAAGAUCUGUGUUACUCUCAGCUUUCCAUUGCUAAGUUUAGAUGCAGGCCAAAAGUCUGGGGCCAGGAUUGUGUCAAUCCUGCCAGAUUGGAUGCAAAUCCAGUGGAUCUAGUCUGAUCCUGGUAUAAUUUGAUCAAUGUUUGCCACAGAAUUUCCUGGAAACUGUUUAGAUAUCUGUUUAGAUGCCUCCCCAUGUUCCUUACCUUGUUGUGCCAUAAGUCAUACUCAGAAGCCCUUUGUCCCUGCAUCUGAUGCUGAAACAAUGUGCUUGGCCAGGUAGGCACAGCCAAGUGCCCCAUUUCCACAUCAGAUGCAGCAACAGGGGGCAUAUGAGUACAAGCAAUGGUGCAGCAAAGGAGGAAGUAUGCAUUGAUAGUGGGUCCCAGCUUGGUACAAAGAUGGGUGCAUAAAACCCACAUAUCCCCAUGCCAGUCUGGGGAAUGACCCAGUGAGCACCUGGGCCAAAAUAGCUUGGCAUCAGCCCACCGUAUCCUGAUAUGUCUACUCAGCACCAAAGCCGACCAUGCUAAAUGCAAAAUGUAUAUGUGAGGAGAAACGUAGACAAGAUCUCUUAUGCAGCCUGAGGAAGAAUGUCUUCUAAUUACAUGUUAAACAUAUCAUGUAGUUUCACCCAAGUUCUCUCUAUGAGGGAAAUGCAGAAUAUCUCACAUAAUAAUUGUGAUCAUGUCCUUGAAUAUGAGAAAGAAUAUUGUUAAAUGUUACCUCACCCAAGAAGGUUGAAUGUUGAUCUCAAAAUAUAUUUGGGGAAAUUAAAAUAGUUCUUCUCUGCUCAACCCACAGUAUUUCUGUAUUUUUCCUUGUUGCAGUUUAUUUUUUGUGCAGGUGAGUGACUAGAGUGGAAAAGCAUAAUGACUGGUAUCAGUACUGAUGUACUUUAAAGAAAUCAUUUGCCAUAUAAUAAAGUGUUUUAAAAUAAUGUUGAGUUUAAAAUCUGCAUUAUGAAAAUGUUUACUGAUGUAAAAUAACUGUGAGCUACAACAUUUGCAAGAUUUCCAUUAUCCCUGAUUACAUGAAUGACCAAUGACAAUCCUAUUCAAAUAUUACUGAUGCAACUAGGAACUGUCACAGCAGUCUUUAGGUCAAUUAUAGUCUGUCAACAAUCUUUCCUGUUGAAAAUGUCAGUGUUGUCCCACAGUAUUUACAUUUCAGAUUAGGAUAAAGACCUUGCUUGCUCUCUGGAAAUGAAUGAAAUAUAUAUUUCAGUCAAGGCUAAGCUAUUUAAUGUUCCAUAUAAUUCACAGUGUUAAGUGUAGUUAAAAAAAAGCUGACUA